UUCGCCCACAACAAAAAGGAAUGCUUUCUUUGUCCAAACACAUUCAACCAUGAAAACGUUAUGUCAUCACAAUAUAGCCCCGGUUCUAUCUAUGCUCAUGGGAUGUUUUGCUCUGCCUACCCAAAUCGGUUGGGAAUUUCCUCCGGAACUCACUUUGUCACUGGAACCCUGGGGUAUCAGGAGUUCGGAAAUUAGAAGCGCUUGCAGUAACAUCGUUAUGAGAGAUGGUUCCAGGAUAUUAUCGCACGAUUUUUAUUAUCAGUAUUACCUCAAAAAUAUUACUUGCCUUACGAUCAUCAAAGCGCCAGAAGGAAUGAAAAUUGCUUUGAUAUUCGACUACAAAUUCGAUGUGGAAGGCCCUACUCCAAUUCUGAAAGACGCAAAAUGCUUAGAUGCUAUCAGGGUUUACAAUAGCGCCAAUAUUUCAAAUUCUACCCUAUUAACUCCAGCUGGCUUAUGCGGCUAUACUAAACCUCAAGAUUUAAAAUCUUCGAGCAAUAUAUUAUUACUGAAAUGGGAAACUAAGGGAGUGGGAACCUUCGAAGGUUUCAUGAUUUCCGUCGUAUUUUUCCACGAACGAAAGUGUUGGCCAAUUAAAAACGAAUUUGUGUGCCGGAAUGGCAGAUGCAUAUCGAAUAGGCACAAAUGUAACGGCAUAAAUUCGUGCGGUACUAACGAUACGAGCGACGAGGAAGACGGAUCAUGCUCUAGCCUAACUCGACUUCAAAAGAUUCAAAGAUGGGAAACGCAGGAUAGUAAUCGGAGGAUAGAUGAACUCCUUCAGGGUCACAUGGGAUUAAUACUAGGCGGGUUCUUGGUUUUUUUGCUCUUGCUAGCGCUGAUCUUUAUAGGUUGCUUGUGCAUGUGUUACAUCAUGAUUUGCGGUCUCAUCAGAAAUAGGGAACCCGAAUAUAGCCUAUAUACCUUCAAACGAGACUCCGCCAAAUAUGACAAAAAAGAAUCUAUUCAAAGUUCGGAUUCUCAAACAGGAAUGGUCCAAGAUACAACAAGUGCACCUAAGCACAUAGGAAAAUGUUCUUUCCUCGACAAUAAAAUACACAUUUCACCCACACGGAGAGUAACUGAUCCAUGUGGACAUAGGCAAUCCUACAAGGUAUCCAUCCAAGCCCCGAGAAGGUAUACGGCACCGGCUAAUAUCAGCUUGAUUAAGAACGAUGAUAAAAGAGUCUUGCAGUUACCACCUCCCUUACCCGAAGAACAUAAGCUAGUGGAUAAAAAGGCCCUCACAAAGGGUAUGGAUGUUGAUAGCGAUAUAUUUUUGGCUCAAAGUAAGCUUACCAGCAACGAAUCUCCCAAGCUUACCAACAUCGAAUCUCCCAAGGUUUCAGAUAUCGAAUCUCAUAAAGGAGAAGGAAUACUCUCUACCACCCCUCCUACCUCAAUAACUCCCCCAUCGUCUCCAAUUAAUAUGUUGGCGAGGAUAGGUAGCAACAAAAAAAUUUUAGGGCCCGAUCUCAAGAAAUCCGACCACCUUAAAACUCAAAACAUUGAGCAGGUCAUCAAGGAUCUGGAUAAGAUUGUAAACGAUUCAGGUAAAGUUGAGAAAGACCCAAAGAAUCAAGAUAACAUGUUUAAAAAAGAUUUGCCCCCAGUUGAGAAAGACCCAAAAUAUCUGGAUAAUACGAGUAAAAAUGAUUCAGCGAAAAUUGGGAAGGACUUUCCAAAAUUUGCCAGCGGAACUCAGGAUCCUAAGGAAGAAAAGCAGCAUUUAAAAGAUUUGUUGGCACUGAGUCCCAAACAUAAAAGAAAAUUUUCCCUACCGGCUAUGCCAGCUUCUAGAGAUAAGAAGAAAGGAAAAUCACCCCCUAGGCCUUCUCUGUAAUAUUUAUCAUAAAUUUCGUGUACAAUUUAUUUUGUUUUUUUAGUAUUAAAUUUUAUAUAAUGUUUUGGGUUAAUAACAAUUAUAAAACAA